UCCGUAGCACCACAACAAACUCUGCGUAUUCACUCUGUUCCGUUGAGAAAUACAUAUUUGGGUUUUCAAAAUAUGUAUAAGGGAAUAGGGUUACAAUCACAGACCCCAAGAGGGUCAGGUAGCAAUGGAUAUCUUCAGAGCAACAAGUUCAAGCCGAGGACUUGGAAGGUUGCUGAGAACGUGAAGGGUACUGUUGGUGUUACCAGAAAUGCCAACAAAGAAAUCAUAGAGCACAACCGUAAGCGUCAGAUUCAACUCAAGCUCUUCAUUCUUGAAGACAAGCUGAUUGAUCAAGGUUAUACUGACUCCGAGAUUGCUCACAAACUCCACGAGGCUCGAAUUAUUUUGGAGGCUGCGGCUGAUCAAAACGAUGGAUCCUCCAAUUUGGUGAAAUUUUGAUAUAUUCUCAACGACUAUCUAUGCCAGACUGCAAUUCAUGCCUCAGAAAUAGGUGAUCACUUUGAAGACAAUAAAUCAUGCAUGUAGAUUUAUAAAUAGAAGGGAAAUCGGAGGAAGUUGUGAAUGAAGUUGUUAAAAUAUUAUACUCGAUUCUUGUGAGGUUAUUUUGUUUGAUUUUAUUAAUAUAAUUUAGUUUAUUUAUUUAACAUUAAAAAAAUUAAGGCAAUAUAUUAUCCUAAAGAGGAAAAAAAUUGCUUCAUUCGUUGUAUUUUAUGAUUGUAUAGAGCAAAUUUUCAAUUUCAAUAAUACCCAAUUU